AUAUUUUUUUUCACUGCCUUCAUACACAUACUCACACAUUGCAUCGCCUCCAAUUUUUUUUUUUUGUUUAUUAGUUUUUGUUGUAGCAAAUGUUCACUGUGUAUAUAUCCUCUGUUCAUUCAUUCAUAUUCGCCAUUUUGAUUAUAUACAGCAUCAUCAUCAUCAGCAACAUCAUCAGAAGAGAUAUUUUCAAAGCAUAACAUAAUUUGGCUAUUGGUGGUGGUUUUAAGUAUCUUUUGUCGAACUUUUUUUUCAUCAUCAUCAUCAUCAUCAUUUUCUUCUUUGGUUGUCGUCGAUGUCGACGUCUUCAUGUGUAUUUGUAUGUGAGUCUGUGUGUGUGUGUAUAUAUCAUUUUGUUGUUGUUGUUGUCGUUUGUUGAUUCGAUUCAUAUUCGAAUUGAAUUUUUUUUCUUAUUUUCCUCCUUUAUACGCCCGUGUUGUUGUCGUCGUUUAAUAUUCAAACAACUAUCGACAUAUUGAAGUUUUGUUUUUGUGUUGAGCCUUUUUUUUCAUCGACCAUCUACAGCUCUUCAAAAAAAAUUUCUGUAUAAACGCAACGUGUGAGCAUCUUCUGUGAUUUGUUUGUUUGUUUGUUUCGUUGUUUUUUGAAAAAAAAUGUUUUGAUUAUCAUUUUUGCCAUUUCCGGCGUUCAUUCGAUUAUCAUUGUGGAAAUACGAAAUCUAAAUUGUAAAAAUAUAACCAGAAUCUUUCUUUCUCAUACAUAAUUGAUACCAGAAUUUGUAUGAUCAUCAUCAACAACAACGUUUAUUUCUACUAUUUUAACCUCAUCAGCUUGUCUCUUUCUCUUUUUUCGCUUACUGUGUUGUUAAAGUGGACCUGUGAGCUUGGCGACUCGAUUCUUAGAGCCGUCAGCUAACACAAGUUCGCAAUUGCAGCAAAAAACAACAUAAUUUCGUGGAUAUGUUGUCUUCGGUGAUGUUUGCAGCCAUGGAACAUAACCUCCAGCAGCCGGUACCGGCGCCAACAACCAGUACAACGGCGCCUGGAUCUAAUCAUCAUCCAUCAAUUGAUCCAAGAAAACAAGAGCUGCUCGAGGCUCGUUUUAUGGGCACAAGUCAACGUCUAUCAACUGUUGGUAGUUAUCAUAGUACACAAUCACAGCAAUCGAUACCGCCUCAUUAUAUUCCGGCAGCAGUUACCGUUGCCGCUGCCAAUACCCAUCCAUCGAGCAUUUAUUCAUUAUCAAAUCAACAUCAUCCACCAUUAGCGCCUCCCGGGCCACAUGCUCAUCUGGUAUCACCACAUACGAAGGUUCCAUCACCAUCAUCAUUGAUGCAGCCACAGCACCAGAUCCAUUCGGCCACAUCUUCAUCAACAAACUCCAAUCCAUCAUCAUCCAGUCCUAGCAUUCCUAUCGCUCCAAAUAGCUCGCCAUUGUCUUCAACAUUGAAUCCACAGCAAUCACAAUCUCAACAGCCUCAACCUCUUCCACCACCGCAACAAGGUGGUCAACCACAACUGACAUCACAACAACAAGCACAGCAACAAACUGCUGCUGCUCAAGGCUUAAAUCCAUCGACAGUACCUCCACCAUCGUUUUCGUUGGUCAAUACGACGGUGGCCAACAACAACGCCAAUAACAUUAAUAAAAAUAAUAAUACCAACAAUAGUAAUAAUAAUAAUAAUCCUUCUAACUCAUUGGCAAAUAAUAAUAAUUCAGGAGGGUCAACACAAUCGUCAUGUCAUUAUUCUGCUCAUUCCUCUUCACAUAAUCAAGACUCUAAUCUUUCAACUGCAUCUGGUGGUAGUCAUUGUUCCGAUAAACAAGAUAAACCAACAUCGAUGCAUUGUGAUAAUAUCCAUUCUCAUAACCUAACCGUGACGCCUGAGAAACGUUCAUUAAGCCAAUUAGACCAUAAUGUGUCGACCGGAACGCCUCCCUCAGGCUCUAACGGAGCCAAUAAUGUCACAUAUGCUAAUCAAAGGAAAAGAAGGAAAAAGGAUUCUAAUGAAACAACGGUACCUGAACGUAGCAAUUCAACCAGUUCCAAACGUGAAACAAAUAAAAAAGUGACCGAGUAUUUCAAAAAUCAUUCAAGCCCUAGUCGAUAUAAUGCAGCUGGCGCUAAAUCGCCAACGUCCAGUUCUCAUCCAUUCUAUUCAAUGUAUCCACAACAGCAAGUUGUUUCAUCAACAUCUACUACGGCUACUAGUGCUUCGACAAAUCUACUUGCGACAACGUCCGCCGCCUCCACUGCCAAUGAUCACAGUUUAAUUCAUCAUCAGCAUUCGAUAUCGAGCUCCUUUAUGACUCCACAAAAUCGUGUGUCCGGUUCUACGGCGAAUCAUUUGCAGCAUCUAAAUUCCAUCAACAAUCCAAAUAUGAGCUAUAAUACGAAAAAUAUGGUAUCAUCGUCUACUCAAACCGAUCUUACAAUGUCCAAAUUGAUCAAUCAAGAUGAACAUUAUGCUGCCGAGCUUGAGCAACGUGAUAAUAAAAUUGAAGAGCUGACACGUUCUAUAGAAGAAUUGAGGAGACAAGUCAAAGUAUAUCGCGAAGAAAAUGAAUCCCAAAAAUCUCGACUUAACAAAUGUAUUGAUGUUACCAAGCAAUUAUUGGUAGAGAAAAGCCUGAUGGAGAAGAAAGCAGCAAGGCAGAAAUGCAUGCAAAAUCGAUUGAGACUUGGUCAGUUUGUAACCCAAAGACAAGGAGCUGUAUUUGCCGAAAAUUGGGUCGAUGGUACCGCAUUUACAGAAUUAAUCAAAAAACAAGAACAGAUUGCAACAGCUAGAGAAGAAAUUGAGCGACAACGUAAAAUGUUGAUGAAAAAACGGCCAUUAACUACUGGCAAAUCAAAGUCUUCUUCGAAUGGUGAUAAUUCAAAUGGUGAAUUCGCUAAACCCGAAUCACCAAAAGAAAUGAAUUGGUACGAAUAUUAUGAACAAGAUGAAAUUCUCAAGCUACGAUCUCAAGCAUUGAAAAAAGAAGAUACCGAUCUACAAUUGGAAUUGGAAAAGCUUGAACGUGAGAGAAAUUUACAUAUCCGUGAAUUGAAACGCAUCCAUAAUGAAGAUCAAUCAAGGUUCAAUAAUCAUACUACAUUAAAUGAUCGAUUUCUAUUACUCAUGUUAUUGGGUAAAGGUGGAUUUUCCGAAGUACAUAAAGCAUUCGAUCUAAAAGAACAACGUUAUGUUGCCUGUAAGAUACAUCAAUUGAAUAAAGAAUGGAAAGAUGAUAAGAAAGCCAACUAUAUCAAACAUGCAUUACGAGAAUAUAACAUACACAAACAAUUGGAUCAUCCACGGGUGGUUCGAUUGUAUGAUGUAUUUGAAAUUGAUGCCAAUUCAUUCUGUACAGUCCUCGAAUACUGUGAUGGUCAUGAUCUUGAUUUUUAUUUAAAACAACAUAAAAGCAUUCCUGAACGUGAAGCUCGUUCAAUCAUUAUGCAAGUGGUACAUGCACUCAGAUAUCUGAACGAGAUCAAGCCACCAAUCAUUCAUUAUGAUCUUAAACCUGGAAACAUACUAUUAAGUUCUGGAACACUUUCCGGUGAAAUUAAAAUUACCGAUUUUGGUCUUUCAAAAAUAAUGGACGAGGAAAAUUAUUCACCGGAAAAUGGAAUGGAUUUGACAAGUCAAGGUGCCGGUACUUAUUGGUAUUUACCACCAGAAUGCUUUGUUGUUGGCAAAAAUCCUCCGAAAAUUUCAUCCAAAGUUGAUGUUUGGAGUGUUGGUGUUAUAUUCUAUCAAUGUUUAUAUGGAAAGAAACCGUUUGGUCAUAAUCAAUCACAAGCGACUAUCUUGGAAGAGAAUACUAUCCUAAAAGCUACAGAAGUCGAAUUUGCCUCUAAACCUCCAGUCAGCAAUGAAGCAAAGCAAUUCAUUCGCCGUUGUUUACAGUAUCGUAAAGAAAAUCGUUUAGAUGUGAUAGGAUUGUCCAACGAUGAAUACCUCAGGCCUAAAACUAAACAUGGUUUUGGGAUAACAGAACGAAGCGAUAGCAAACAUAAUAACAAUAGUAACAGCAGUAACAAUAGUUUGUGAUAAUCCAGACAUUACCACCUUUACACCUACAACGUUCUUAAAUUUAUUUGGAUCCAUAAUCAAAAUUGUGUGGCAAAUUUUCACAAGAAUGGA